GAGAGCAGCCUGCAUCAUAUUAAUCUCUUUCUUCUCCCGGUUCUUCCUCCUCCUUGUGUAUCUCUCUCAUAUCUCAUCUGAUUUAAAUAGACGUGGGUGACUGCGUUUUCGAGUCCGCAACUUGACACUACUUGCAGUUGCACUUGCAACGGCCCAUAACGUCAUACGCGAUAUCGUUUGGAGUCCAGAACUCACCCUUUGAAUCCUUCAGACCCUUGGGCUUUUACACCCCGCCCAAGCAUGGCUUCAACUUCGAAUGACCCCAGACUCCUCUACAGCAUCAACAAUGUCCACGCAUUUCAUGCGCAGAACGGCGAAGAGUCAAGCCUGACACCAUCCGGCCCUCAGACGCUCUCGCUUCUGAUGGUCCCAACUACGACUUCGGCAUCUCAGAAUCAGAAUACACCUUUGUCACCCGCCCAAGAAACCCCGCCUGAAGAGGACUUCUAUCUGCAUCUGCAUCUUCCUCCAGAGCUUGACUUGGCUCUCCCUGCUACUACUCAAAUUUACCACCAACCUCCGAGUAGCUAUAUCGUUCCUCGCUGGGAUUUAGGACCAGAUGCAGGUGCUUUCAUUCGUAUCCAAUUUCCCGGAAUUGGAUCCGGGCCCAAUAAGGUGACGCAGGAGGACAUUGAUACCUUCGAAACAAUCCUUGCUCAAUGCACAGCUUUCCAUGAGCGUGCGCAAGUCGCAAAGGACCAUGCGGCUUAUAACCCUGCGGCCUUUGCACCGGGUGAGGGCUAUGUGUCCUCGCCAGGCCCUUCCGGACCCAGUGAUAGAAAGGAUGCGCACGGGCGUAUUGUCCUUGUGGACGAAGAGGAUGGAAGCGUUGUCGGCGAGAUGGAAGGAUAUGAUGUCGUCGAGGAAUCUGAUGUCAAACCCGGCUCGAAGAGGCCUGUCCAGAUCCAACUUCCUACUGAAGGCGAGGGUAAUCAAGUUGACGUCAGCAAUGUAUCUGAGGAAUACCUUGCUACGUCGCGACACCCCGCAUACAAGGGCUCAUCUCUUGUUCAAUCGUCUGCCACCGCUUCUCGCUUGAUUGUGACUGGAUCAACGUAUCUCGCCAACGCAAUGACUAGUGGCGCAGACACAUUCACUCGAAAGGUAAAACCGAACCCAAAACCGGCGACCUUCUCCGAUGCCACUCAUACUCGAGUUCGCAAGAUCGGAACUUUUUCUAGCGGUGCGGCUGGCAUCUCCUCGAAAACCGUUGGCCAGGUCGGCAGGUACGCGCAGAACUUUGGUGCCUCUAUGGCCGGUCGUAAUAAUGGAAAGGCUCGAGGCGAUAGGUCAAAGGCCCCUGAGAAUGGAAAGCCGGGAAUUCUUAACAAGUCAAUGAUCGCAUUUUCCACUUUGGCAGAUGGCAUUGAACAAGGUGCGCGGAAUGUAUUGACGUCUGGGUCAUCGGCCGCAUCUACAAUGAUUGGCCACCGCUACGGAACGGAAGCCGGCUCGGUCGCUUCCAACUUGACAGGAGGCAUCAAGAAUGUGGGGUUAGUUUAUAUCGACGCCUCGGGGGUCAGCCGCAAAGCGGUUCUCAAGUCGGUCGCCAAGGGUAUGGUCGUCGGGCGCAUGAAGGACGGGCAGCAAGUCGUUGUCGGAGCGGGCGAUGGUGGAGAGGUAUCCCCCCCAGGACAGAGCGGCAGCCCGGCCGCAAGACGGCCGUCUCCCAGCCCAACGCCGCCUCCCGCAUACGGCGCGUCGGGGACUUACUCGCUCGGCGGGGCAAGUAUGUCGGGCAGUAAGCGCUGAACCUGCCAAACUGGGCCGUCAAGUCAACGAGGAUUUCCUUUCCGUCUUUAAUGAGUUACUAUUGCGUCUAAAUUCUAACACGGCCGGUUGUUAUUUAUGAAUCUAUGAAUAUUUACGGCAGGGUGUCGCUGCUUUUUCUUUCUUUUUCUUCUUAUUUUAUUUUAUUUUUUUGCCUUUUCUUCCCUUUUUUCUUUUUGGGGUUGUUUCUGUCGAUUUAAAAUAGUGACGUGGGCUUGGGUCAAGACUGCGGUGGGGUUUAAUCUACAGUUGCAUCGGUUUAAAAGACUUUUACUUCUGGGGAUGAGAAAGGAGCGAACUAUGGACCAGCAAGCAAAUAUAUGGCCCCAGAGUUAGAAUAUAUAGUUUUCGAAUCACGAGAAAUGUUCACAUUGACCAGUAAGAAAACACCUGUUCUGCAAGGUCGAGGUAAAGUAAUAAUGAGGCGAGAAGUACCAAUAGGAGGACUGGUAUUGUGAUAUAUUGCGGCGCCGAGGAGU